GCAUUUAUAGCCAUGGGUCUUACCAGUAGACUAAUAGAAGAACACGUUUCAGGACGUAUGCUGUGUAAAGCAGAAAUUAUGACUUUGAAAUCUUUUAAGAAUUAAAAAAGUCACAAUAGCUGUAGAGGUGCUACAUGGGGCGAAAAUAAACUCUGAAGUUAAGCUUUAGUACUGGAUGUCUGCUGGGUCCACUUGUACAGGGAACAGGUGGUAGAGACUAUAUAGACUAUGCCCAGUCCCCUGGGCACAGUCAAGGCAGAGGGUGCUGUGAUGUCUGACUUGGGCCAGGCAUCACCACAAGGCUGCCCCAUGCACCGGGAUCCCAAAAAUAGUGCCCCUCCAGCUGAGUGUCCCAUUCACCGGGCAUUGGACAAAGGGCCCCCACAGAAAGUCCCAAAUGUCCCAGUGCAUCAGGAGCGAGCAUAUGAAUUUGUGGAGUGUCCUAUGAGAGCUGCCGGUGGAACCAGACCCGAGUCCUCUGACAUCAACCCUGCAAAUAUGAUGCCUCCGCCCAACCAGGAGCCUUCUCCUAAUCAGCCCUAUUCACUGUCUGUGGUGAGAGAGGAGUCCAGCAUCCCCCGCGCAGGGUCAGGCCUGAACUGGGUCUACCCCUCUGAGCAGAUGUUUUGGAACGCUAUGCUGAGGAAAGGGUGGCGAUGGAAAGAGCAAGACGUCUCUCAAAAAGACAUGUCAAACAUAAUUAAGAUUCACAACCAGAACAAUGAACAGGCCUGGAAGGAGAUCCUGAGAUGGGAGGCGCUCCACUCAAAAGAAUGCCCCUGCGGACCAACACUUGUAAGAUUUGGAGGCAAAGCGAAGGAUUUCACUCCAAGAGCCCGCUUUCGCCACUGGAUAGGGCAUGAACUUCCAUUUGACAGGCAUGACUGGAUCGUUGACCGGUGUGGAAAAGAGGUCAGAUACGUGAUAGACUACUAUGAUGGGGGGCAGGGACUCAACCACACCAUCCUAGAUGUCCGUCCAGCUUUUGACUCUUUAGGAGCAGUGUGGGAUCGCAUGAAGGUGGCCUGGUGGCGAAAUAUCUCCUCAUGAAUACAGGCCGCUAAGGCUACAUGGGGCAUGUUAUCAAUAAUUAGUUUUGAGAACACUGGUCUCCUUGAGCGCAAGCUCGUUUUGUUUAGAGAAGAACUGCUGUGAAGUGUAUAUGUUUGCAGUAAGCACUUCCUGGCCAUAUUGUUGUUCCCUAUGCACACAUGCACAAGAUGCUGAAUGCCUGGACUACUGAUAAUGGCUAUUCAAUGUUUGUGAUGUUACUGGGGGGUGCCAAUGUGGCACAUACUAAUCAAACACAAAAAAAUGUGAUACAAUGAUAACCUGUAUUACUAAAUUGUAAAUGUCUGCAAAUUCGAAUACAGUGUGGUAACAUGAUUUACAUAGAUUUUAAUGGGGCUUUUAUUUAUGAGCCUUUCUUGUUGGUAAUGACAUAAGCCUCUUGAGAAUAAAUAAUUGCACAUGAUCACCUUUUA